AUGGGUUCAAUUGUCUUGCCUCAUUUACGCACUGCCUGGCAUGUGGACCAGGCAAUCCUCUCGGAGGAAGAGCGCCUUGUAGUCAUUCGCUUUGGGCGAGAUCACGACCCGGACUGUAUCCGCCAGGAUGAAGUACUCUACAAGAUUGCUGAACGUGUAAAGAACUUCGCCGUCAUCUACCUGUGCGACAUCGACGAGGUACCCGAUUUCAACUCGAUGUACGAACUGUACGACACCAUGACGAUUAUGUUCUUUUAUCGUAAUAAGCAUAUGAUGUGCGAUUUUGGAACGGGUAACAACAACAAGUUGAAUUGGGUGCUGGAGGAUAAGCAAGAGUUGAUCGACAUUAUCGAAACGAUCUACAAGGGUGCCAAAAAGGGUCGUGGUCUUGUCGUCAGUCCCAAGGAUUACUCCACACGAUACCGGUACUAA